AUGAGGGCCUUCGUCAUCUUCACACUCGUUACGUCCAUCCUGGCAGCGCCCACUCAGACGUUCGAGCGCCGUCAGCCGAACAGUGUGAUUCCUUCUGCACCAUCCGCGGUGAACGUCGGUGUCAAGGCGAUGGCAGCUCCCGCCCCCAGCGCUCCUCCUCAAGCACCUGCCCCUGGAGGGCAAUCAGGAGGUGGUAGCACUGCUGGCGGUGGACUGGGUGAUCUCGCAAACCUCAUAGGACAGGGUGUACAAGGUAUCACCAAGCUUAUCAGCACUAUUGCUGGGGCUGCCGGCGGCGGCGGCGGCGAGAGUGGCGGAGGAGGCCAGAGUAGUGGAGGAGGCGCUGGUGAUCUAACCAACCUCAUUGGUGAAGGGGUAAAGGGCCUCAGUAGCCUUGCGGGCGCUGCAGGCGACGCUGGCGGUGGACUUGGAGAUCUCACAAGUCUUAUUGGUAACGCUGCUGGCGGCCUGGGUAGCAUUGGUAAUCUCCUCGGUGGCCUAGGCGGUCUAGGUGGGCUGCUUCGAAGAGACGUAACCCCAGACCUUAUUGCGAGGGCGAUCGAGAAUAUGGAGCUACCCGAUCUGGAUGAUGAUGAAUGCAUAAUAGAGAAGCUAGGCGGCUUACUUCCAGGAGACGCCAGUCGCGCUACAUAA